AUAAAAGGAAAAAAAAAUUAAUACAAAAUCCACUUUGAUUCCUUAAUUAGGGUUUAACAGUAACUGUCAUUGUCCCAAACCUUCGAUUUCGCAAAAAUGGCGUCCUCCAAAAACCUUUUCCGCACUGGAGUUUCUCUGAUGAACCGUUUCCUCAACCAGACAGCCCAUCCUAACCCGAAUUCGAUUAUAUGUCACAGUCCCGAACCGAUUGCCCCUCGGAAAUUAGUUCCCACUCUGUUUAUCCCUCAGUCUCACAAGACGACGCCGUUGCGAUUCCAGCCGGAUCAGGACGCCGUCGAGCCGAUCAUAAAUCUGUCAUCCGAGGGCUUUCUCUACCCUUCCGGCCUCCCUUCUCUUCCGUUCUUCCUGCCCGAAGUUGAAGAGUCUUCGUCAAGCACACCUAUGCAUUUAUUUCCAAAGAGAACCUACCAACCAAGCAACAUCCGGCGCAAACGAACACAUGGAUUCUUUGCUAGUAGCUCAUAUCCGGUGCAUGAAAAAUAAGUGGUUCUCUCAUCCUGAACAGAAAAGCGACAAAGGGGGGCCGAAGGGUGAUUGCUAGGAGAAUUGCGAAGGGUCGUUCUAGAAUCACAGCUUAACGUCCCCAUUUCUAGCAAGUCAAAUAGCAUUUGCGUUUAUUUGGGGGAUAACUUGUCUAAGUAUUCAUCAAUGUUGAUUUGUGAUUCAUUGUUUGUUGUAAUGCCUAGACAUUGUUACCUUAAAGGUAAUUUUCUCAUACAUAUCGUUUUUCAUUUUCUUUCUUUGGUGUUAUUUAUUUAUUUUAAUUUGAAUUAGUAGAAUAAUAUUGGUAGAUAUAAGUUGAUGUUUGAUACCAUUUAUGGAAUUGUCUUUUUG